CCUUUUUAAACUUUAACUGGGGAAGUAUAAUACAUUGGCGGUGUAAGAGUGUUAGGCAGUUUCACACAAGUUUAGAACAACUCACGCUUUGACAUGGAAAAACGAGAGAGAUCGAGAGAAAAGGGAUGGGUUCCAAAGUGCUUCACAACAUACAUAAAACAACACACACUCAUGUCAGUGGAGUUUUUGAGGAAAGUAUAGGGGAAAAUCUGAGCAUGUGUAUACCUUCAAAACAUAUAUAUUAUAAUGUCAGUAUUCUUACUGUAUGUGUGUCAGUAUUCCUACUGUACGUGUGUCAGUAUUCUUACUGUAUGUGUGUCAGUAUUCUUACUGUACGUGUGUCAGUAUUCUUACUGUAUGUGUGUCAGUAUUCUUACUGUACGUGUGUCAGUAUUCUUACUGUACGUGUGUCAGUAUUCUUACUGUAUGUGUGUCAGUAUUCUUCCUCUACCAGUGUCCGGCAGCUCAACUGGUGGAUCCGUCUCGAAAGCCGUGUCGUCUGAGACUGUGGCACGACCAGCUGUUUGCCAAACCUCCACAUCAUGGCGGAGUCGUUGCAUGGCAUCAAGACUACUCCUAUUGGACCAGGACCAAGCCCAUGAUGCACGUGACUGUGCACAUAGCUCUGGAUGACCAGACAGGAGCCAGAGGAGGUCUACAGUUUGUUCCUGGAUCUCACAGGUGGCAUCGAGAGGGUAUGCCCCUGCCAAUUACCGAUGCGUCAUUUGGAGACAUUGACUCCAUCAGUUUGGCACUGACAGAGGAGGAGAGAGCAAGUUUCUCACCAGUGGCUGGUAACCUGAGAGCUGGGGAGGCAAGUUUCCACCAUCCCCUUACCAUUCAUCGGCUCUCUCGCCAACAAGUCAGUCUACUCUAUAACUAUUCGUCAUCCCAAGGCUAUUAGUAUUGUACAUGCCGAAUUUAUGGUGAAAGUGAGAAGUUCAAACAUAAUAUUAAUUGCAUGUGGAGGAAGAGAGAGCCUUUAUAAUCAAAGUCUAUGGGAAAGAUACUUUUAACAGGCUGAUCAUUCUUAUCUUUGCCUGACAAAAUGACGACAAAGUGUUUUGUAUUUUCACCAUAGUUCCUAUGUUAUUAUUAGCAAUCCGUGGUCACUUCAUAGUCUUGCUGGCCAUGCUUCUUAGGGGA